UAUGCGACGUGUCUGCGGAAUCACGCUCGGCGGCCGUGUCCUACGACCUUCGUAGUAACAAUAUUUGUUUUGUACAUCAAUCAAAAAGGAGAUAAGAGUAUUUAUUUUGUUAUAAUAUACCUACUCCGGUUCUGCUAAUUGUCACAACAUCGGUUUUCAUCUAAGAACAUGGCGAAAACUAAAAAGAUUAAAUCGAAGGUGAAAAUGGAUGGAGAGUUUGUGCCCCCUGACGGAGGAUGGGGUUGGAUGAUUGUUGUCGCUGCUGGAAUUUCUAACCUGUCAGCACUGCCCAUCCUCCAGCAGUUUGGCCUACUCUUCAGGGAUAAGUUUACGCGACUAGGCAUCACCAGUUCAGAGACCACAACAAUUAUCAACAUGAACUCCGCGCUGACCUCUUGCGUCGGUCUCGCAAAUGGUCCAAUGUUCAAAACAUUCACCUAUAGAAAGGUUUCUGUAGCGGGAGCAAUAAUUGUGUUCAUAUCACUCAUGUUAACAACAUUUUCCUAUAAUUUUAUUACGUAUCUCAUAUCUUUCUCGAUAUUAUACGGUGCUGGAUAUGGAAUCAGUAGUUCAGCUAAUGCACUUGCAUUAAAUACCUAUUGGAAAAAUAGAAGAAGAUUGGCAACUAGUUUAUCAUGGACUACAACUGGCCUUGGCCCUAUGUUAUGGCCACAUAUAAUAACAGCUUUAUUUGCUUUGUUUGGAGAAACAGGCACAAUUCUUAUUUUAGGUGGUAUAUCAUUGCAUGCCGUAGCAUGUGCACUAUUGUUGCAGCCAGUCGAAUGGCAUUCUGCAAAACCUAAGGAAGAAGAAACGCAGUUUCUGUCUAACUUAGGCGAAGAAAAAGUACAGAAAAAUGAUAAAACAGAUUUAGAUGGUAAAAAAAUACAAGAAAGUGGUUAUUUUAGUUCUAAGAUAAAAAAUUUAAGUGCAUUUUCAAGUCAAUAUCUUUACAAUGAGGACGAUCCAGUUACUCCUGGUUAUGAAAUAAUAGACCCUGGAAUACCAAUGAUGGUACGUGCAAAUGACGGGUAUUAUAGUCAAAGACAAUCUAGAAGCAGACUUGCCUCUAGAGAUGGUUCCACAAAGAAUUCUCGUAUGAAUUCAAAAAAACCUUCCAUGACAAAUCUAGCCGAAAAUCGAUCUCGUAAAUCGUCAACAUUAUACUUAAAUGAAUCAAAAAAAAAUUCAUCAGCAAAUCUCGGAGCUCUUGCAUAUGAACGCGAUAAGCAGCCAAAUAAAGUGAAACGCAAGACCUCUAUAACGUUAGAUACACAGAUUCCAGAAUCAGAAAUAGAAGAUUGCCCAACAUUAAAAGCGCCCCAAGAUUUAAAAGCAGAUGAAAAGGCCGCUGUUGAGAAAAUCGAUCCAGGUCAAGCAAAAGAUAUAGCAGAUAGAGCAGAAAAGCAUUUAGUGAGAAAUAAAAGUAUUAAAUCUUUUAAAGUAGAUAUGCAGUAUGAAGAAAAGUAUUCGAGAGACAAUCAUAGUAACAUAUCAUUUAGAAAUCAAGAUGAAAAUGAUGAGAAAAAGUAUUUAAAAGAUAACCAUAGCAAUCAGUCAUAUCGAACCAGACACAGAAAGAAAUCAAACAAUUUUAAUUAUGAAAGUGAGGUUUUGAAACAGGCAUCGAUGAAAUUAGAGCAAUAUUUAAAAGAUAAUGAACAUAAAAAUAAUGUGGAUGAAAUGAAUUUGCUUUUAAAUAAUCACUGCGAUGACGUAGACAAUGAUGUCUUUGAAGAAAAAGAUGAGGCUACUGAUGAACGGGAAAUGACAUUAUGUGAGAAAAUAUAUGUAUUUUUCGACUUGGAUCUACUAAAAGAUUUUACAUUUAUUAAUCUAAUGUUGGGAAUAACAUUAGCUAAUUUUAACGAAUUGAAUUUUUCCAUAUUGACACCAUUUAUUCUUGGUGACUAUGGGCUCUCAAAAUCUGAAGUAGCUUUCUUUAUGUCACUGCUUGCUGGAGUCGAUCUUUGUGUUAGAUUUUGUAUACCAUUUGUUGCUGGUAAAAUAGGAUGGGAUAACAACUUCUUUUUUCUUUUUGGAGUUAUGUCUAUGGCCAUGGGAAGAGUAGUUUUAGCCUACUCUCAGACCUACAGUAUCGUACUGCUCGUUGCAGUUAUGAUUGGAUUUGGUAAAGGAUUGAGAACAGUGUUCAUGGCUCUAGUUAUACCAACUCAUGUGCCUCUUCAUAAGCUACCAGGAGCGACUGGCAUCCAGCUAUUGACUGCUGGAGUCGUAUAUCUUUCGUUGGGGCCAGUUGUAGGCUGGAUCAAAGACAACGCGUCCACAGCUGUGACACUGCAUUGCCUGAAUAUAUUCACGUGGUUAACCGCUUUAUCCUGGGGUUUAGAAAAAUACUUCAGGACCAGAAAACAGAAAAAGAAGGAUAAUCAACAAGAAUUAACAAAAGCUUAAAUAAAUUCAAUAUAAAUACACU